UGACAACCAGUGCCCUAGUUUCUCUCAGUCAGAGUCUGGCGGUUACAAGCUAAGACAUGUUUUCCCGUCUUCGCAAGCGUUUUGGGAGGGGGAAUGUCGAUUCUGGAGAGACUAAAGUGAAGGAGUCUAGCCUUUCGUCUCAAAGUAAUGAUGGACAAAGACAGCACUUCUGGGGAAUGUUGAACGCUGGGAGAGAAACAUCAUCCCCUGGCACUGAACUAAGCGAGAAUCAGGCCAAGACGGAAAAGGAGAGGCUGAUUGGAGAGCUGCAGCUCAUUACCGAGGAGAGAAAUGACCUGAGAGAUCGCCUGAGGUUUCUGACAGAGAGAUCCAUGAAGAACAGGCCACACUUCAGGCCAAAUCCAUAUUAUGAAGACCUGGAGAGAAUGGAGGAGGCGGUCAUGUCAAUUCUGCACAACUUAGAGAUGGAGAACACUGAAAUCCAUGAGAACAACCAUAAGCUGAAGAAGGAGAUUACCUUCUCUAGAAACCUGCUCAGCCAGCUCCUGAUGGAGAACACAUGUAGGAAGAAGUUGGUCCCACUGAAGCAGGAGAGCAAGGAGGUACAUCUUGAUUGUGCACUGAACCAGAAAUAUUUGGUUGACUUCAACAAGAAAGAUAAAGACCAGCAACGUCCAGACCCAGCAUCAUCUGGUCUCAGAAAGUGCAAGAGAGCUGGAAUUGGACACACCCCAGUAAGAGAGCUUCCUGAAGAAUAAGUUGCUUUCUCAGGAGUCCCUGAUGACAAACAUCCUGAAUGAAAACAGCACCUGAGAGACAACUUGGGGGACAGCCUUUCAUUAUGUGUGCAAGAGGAGAAACAGCAAUACAUCUGUGCUUCUAAAUGUUCCUUAAGAAUGUGCUGUUUAGAAAUAUUUUUGUUAUGAUUUUAAUUGAAAUUUUCUUUUUGUUGUUUCAUAUUUAUAUGUUCUUGUUACUGUUUUUAUCUUUUCACAUACUUUUAAAUAUUUUAAUUUAUUUGUUUUAAUCUUGUUUUGUUGUAAAAAUGAAUUCCUUAUGAAUAAAUAUUGAAUUCUA